AUGAAAUUGUCGACCUUCUUGGGUGGCAUUGAACCAUUGAAGGCAGAAACCUGGUUGCUAGAAAUGGAAAAGUUAUUUGAGGUGUUCCCUUCUUCCGUAACUCAGAAGGUGCUCUUGGCCACUUACACCUUAAAGGAUGAAGCCUGGAGAUGGUGGCUAUUGGUCCGAAAUAACAAUGGGGACAUGACAUGGGCUCAUUUCAAUGAGAUAUUCUACAAUAAGUACUUUCCCCAAUGCUUCAGAGACCGAAAAAUGUUAGAAUUCCAAGAACUCAAACAAGGCAGGAUGUCAGUGGCUGAAUAUGAGGCCAAGUUUAUUGAAUUAGCUCGUUUUGUCGCACACAUGGUGGACACCAACUAUAAGAAAGCACGAAAGUUCGAGGAAGGACUAGACCUGGACAUAUUUGAUCGAGUAGGCGUAUUGAAGAUUCCAACAUACGUGAAAGUCCUUGAUAGAGCCCUCAUGGCUGAAGCCAACUUAGCCGCAAAGAAAUAG